UUGUUGACCUCGGUCGUUGGGUCCGCAACUAAGUUGCAUUGCAAAUGUACACCUGCCGACUCAUGCUGGCCGAGCUCUUCAGACUGGACUGACUUGAACACCUCACUUUCAGGUGCCCUUAUCCGCGCAAACCCGCCAGCAUCGGUUUGUUAUUCCAACGAGCCCAACUACAACGAAGAAGCUUGCGCGCUCGUACGUGCCAGAUGGUUUGACUCGACUUUCCACGCAUCAGAUCCUGUCAGUAUUGACUAUCCUGUCUGGACGAACGACUCCUGCAAUCCUAUCUAUCCAAAUGGAACAAGUGUGACCGGCGACCCAAAUGCGGGAAGGAGAGGCUGCGACGCAAACACAUAUCCAGCAUAUGUCGUCAAUGCAACCCAAACCUCGCAAAUCGCUACAGCGCUGAAUUGGGCAACCGAGAAGGACAUCCGCGCUGUUGUUAAAGCCACUGGUCACUCGCACACCGGUCGUAGUACUGGGGCCGGAAGCCUGCUGAUCUGGACCCACAAUUUCCGGGGCCUUGAGUAUACCGAGUCAUUUCUGCCAACCGCUUGUGCAGCCUCAGUAGCCAUCGCUGCAGUCCAGAUAGCAGCCGGUCACACUAGCGGCGAGAUACAGGCGUACUUGAGUAAGUACGAAAAAGUCAUUGUCAGCGGCGCAAACCCCAGCGUAGGCAUCAUUGGCUGGCUCACCGGUGGCGGCCAUGGAUUCUUGUCCACCACGUACGGCAUGGGCAGCGACAAUCUCCUCGAAGCUACAGUUGUGCUUGCCUCGGGCAAGACCAUCGUCGCCAACCCAUGCCAGAACUCCGACGUUUUCUUCGCGAUCAGAGGAGGUGGAGGCGGCACAUACGGUGUCGUGACAGAAGUAGUCUUGAAAACGUACCCAAGUCCUCAAACAGCGAUGCACGUCUUCACGCUCGGCUCGCUGCCGAACGCCACAGACAUGCAAUUCUGGGGUGCAGUGGGCUUUCUGCAUGCCCACAUGCAACGACUCAAGGAAGGCGGUAUGCAGGGCUACUACUACAUCAUUGGUCCCCCUGCAGCCCCCUCACUCUCGCUGAUAUGGGCGUUUAUGCUCUUCGACAAACCGAACGGCCUCGUUGAAACAUUGAUGGCGCCGAUCGAGACGUAUCUGAUGGAACGAGCGAAUCUAUUCGCGUAUACAUCGAACAUCACCCAAGCACCGACGUACUUUGCCAUCGCGUCGCAGAUCCAGAACGAAGCUGUCGCGGGCGGCGGUAGCACGUUUGGCUCGCGACUCAUGAGCCCAGCUUCCUUGUCUGACGCUUCGAGCAAUGCAAGAUUGUUGAAAGAAGUUGGACCAAGUGGUAAUGCAUCGCAUCCCAACGGCCCUGUCUCGAACCCAAUGCUUAUAGGCCAUAUGGUCGGCUGCUCCGUCUUUCCGUCAUACUACCCAGAGGCGCAGAGUCUGAAUCCAGGAUGGCGUGAUACCCUGAUUCACCUGGUCGUUGUCAACGGCUGGCAGGAUGGCUCACAGCAGGCAGCCAUUGAUGCUGUUCACAAGGACGUCACGGCCAAGACGCAGAGACUGAGGACUUCGUCGCCGGAUACGGGUGCGUACUUCAAUGAGGCUGACUCUCAGGAGCCGGAUUGGCAGACGUCGUUUUUUACGAGCAAUUAUGAGAGGCUGAGGAAGAUCAAGAGGGAACUUGAUCCGAAAAAUACGCUGUGGUGCAGCAAGUGUGUGGGAAGCGAGUCGUGUGUUGAGCAAGAUGGUAGACUGUGU